CCUGCCUGCCUGCCUGCCUGCCUGCCUGUCUGCCAAUUGGCCCAUCAUUUUCUUUUCUUUUCUUUCUUUAUUUUUUCUUAUUUAUUUUUUGAAGCCAGUUACACGCAAGCCACUGCGGACACUGCGGUGAGGCUCGCCUUUAGGCCGGCCGUAAGUAGAAGUUCAACGCGGUCCGGUGAUGGGCGCUACAUAUGCUACCGUAUGCAACUGGCAACUGCACUGGCGCUGGCUCUUCCGCACGAGACGAGUCGAGACGAGACGAGACGAGCUGUCCCAUCACAUCAAGUCGACUCGAGGUUGGGUAUAUGGACCAUCAUAGUAAGUAUCUCCCCGCCUCGUGACCACGAUACGAACUCCUCUAGGUACCGUAGUCAAUCCACGUCGCUAUGUAGAGUACAUAAGCGGGCGAGCGCGGGAAUAUUGCGGGUGCACGGGGCGCACGGGGUGUGGACUGUGGAGAAGGUGAAGGUUGCUGUUCGGUUAGCGACUCGAGCGUUGCGUGGGGAAGGAAGGGAGCCGGCAGCGGAUCAGGAUGGGACAGGACGGGACGGGAGGGAAGGGGAGGGGACGGGAGGGGAGGGGAGGGGACUGCUUGUGAGAGUGGGAGCGGAUAUCCGUCUGUUUUCGCAUAGGCAUUACGGCAUAUCUGGGCUGUGGCGACCUGGGGCGGGCUUGUGGGCGAGGGAGGGAGAGAGAGAGAUAGAAUAUCGUCACAUAGGGACGGGGACUUGCAAGUUGGUUGUCGUCGUCGAGUCGGGCAGAGGCGAGACAGCCGAGUGAUCAGUCCGGAUGCGUCGAAUGAUGUCGUCGAGUCGAGGCGGCAGUUUUUCCGAGUCUGAUGGCCAACACGACAUGACAAGACAGCACAGCCUGGACAGGGCGCUGGGUUGUGGCGGCAUGUGUUCACUCUAUGUAUGACUGGCGACGGCGGCCGGCGGUGAGCGGGCGGUGUUUGUGUCGUUUGUGUCGUUUGUGUUGUUUGUGUUGCACCCACGUUGGUUGCACUGCCAUGGUCUUGUGCUUC